CAAUUAGGACAAUGUAUCUAGGAAAAUUUUAUGUAUUUCUAAUAGUUGUGCUUAUUAUGGUGCAAUAUUCAAAUAUUGCUCGUCCUAUGGAGCAGAAAAAGAGUUUAACUAAACUAUUUCUCAUAUAUUUUGAGAGAAAAAAAGCCCUCGAGAUACAUUAUUAUGACAGACAUAAAAGCAAAUUACAAAGUAGAUACAAGUCAACGAGACGAAGUCCUGGAGGACCUGACCCCAAACAUCAUUAAUCAUUAAAUGAAUUGUUGUCAUUGAAGGGAAAAUAAGAACUUUGAUAUCAUAUGGUUCUAAUACUUGCAUUUUCACUUGUUUUCUUAUGUAUUCGUAUUCUAAAAAUUUUAGAUUCGCCUCUGUAUGUUAUAUAUUUAUGGUCCUCAAAAAAAUGUUCCGUAUUUCUAAUAGCUUAAGUAUGAUUAUAAUCUUUAUCUUUUAUUUAAAUUAAUGACAUUCUUUAUUUUCGAAUACAAAAUUCGUAAACUUAGUAAGUAUAAUAGACUCUUGUGAUUCGUCCUUUCUCGAAUCAAAGUGUAUGAGGAACACUACUUCACUGUCAAGAAUUUCAAAGUUUUCUAAAUAUUUCUCAAAUAAUGGAGAUAAUAUCAAGCACCAAAGGCUCAUUCAGUUACUUCAAGAACCAAAUUGGAUUCAAUCUCUGGAUGAAACUAAGGCUCUUCAUGCACUCACAAUCACAAUGGGGCAAGACCCAACUCAACCCUUUUUGGCGAAUAACACUAUCAUGUUCAAGUAUUCAAUAUUCGGUGAUAUCUGCAUUGCACGCAAGGUGUUUGAUAAUAUGUCGAAAAGAAAUGUUGCGUCAUAUAAUACAAUGAUUAGUGGUUAUAGUCGGAAUGGGAGUUUAUUAGAGGCUUGGAAGUUGUUUUCUGAGAUGAGGGGUUGUGGAUUUGUGCCGACUCAGUUUAGUUUUGGUGGGGUUUUGGGUUGUGAGUGUUUGGAUGUUAUUCAAGGAUUUCAGUUGCAAGCGUUGGCUGAAAAAUUGGGGCUUUUUUUCGUUGAUGCUGUAACAGGGACUGCAUUAUUGGGUUUAUUCGGAAGGAAAGGAUGGUUAGAUGAAGCUAUGCAGGUUUUCGACGAAAUGCCUAAAAGGAAUUUGGUGACUUUGAAUUGUAUGAUAUCGUUGUUUGGGCUGUAUGAAUGUGUUGAGGAGUCAAUGAUGGUGUUAAGGAGGUUGUUAAGGAGUGGAAUGGCUCCUUCUGAGAGUACUUUCGUGGGCAUAUUAGUCGGUUUUGUUGGGGAACUUGAUUUAAUAUUAGGGGAACUAGUACAUGGGUUGGUAGUGAAAGAUGGACUGGAUUUUUCUGUUUCAGUGAAUAAUUCAUUGAUUAACAUGUAUGCGAAAUGCUCUGACAUUCAUAAGGCGGAGAAAAUGUUUGAGGAUGCUCCUGUUAAGGAUGUUGUGUCCUGGAAUACAAUGGUUGGUGCAAUGGCGAAGAUUGCAAGAGCGGAUAGGGCAUUGGUUGUUUUUAGGAAGAUGGGUGUUAGUGGCGUAUUGCCUAAUGAUACGAGUUAUGUGAGUGCACUAAGUUGCUGCACUAGCCAGCAGUUUCGAUUGCUUGGGGAGUCCAUCCAUGCGAAAGUGAUCCAGAAAAAGUUUGAAUCUGAUGUAUAUGUUGGUAGUGCGUUACUUGACUUUUAUGUUAAAUGUGAUAGAUUAGAUGAUGCUCAUGUUUGCUUUGAUGAAAUAUCGGAGAAAAAUGUGGUUUCUUGGAAUACAUUGAUGCUGGGUUACUCGAGUAAAGGUUCUUCUUAUGCUAUUUCGCUGCUUCAACAAAUGAUCCACUCGGGUUGUCUUCCAACUGAGUUUUCUUUUUCUAUUGCUGUGAAAUCUUCAGGACUAUCGGAGGUACUUCAGCUAAAUUCCUUAUCCAUAAAAAUGGGUUACAUUGAUAAUGAUUAUGUCUCUAGCAGUUUCAUUUCUUCAUAUGCAAAAUCUAGUUCAGUUGAUAAUGCCCUAAGGUUUGUCCCUACCAAUGAAAUGCCACUUCCUGCUGUUGCUUCCAAUAUGAUCGCACAUAUUUAUAACAGAAAUGGUCAAUUCGACAAGACUCAAGAGUUGUUUUCUGACCUUGAAAAUCCAGAUACUAUAUCUUGGAAUAUUUUGAUUGCAGCCUGUUCUCGAAAUGGUGAUUACGCAGAAGUUUUUGAACUUCUUGGACACAUGCGGGUGGCUAGAUUAUCUCCUGAUAGAUACACAUAUGUUAGCCUGUUUAGUGUGUGCACCAAGCUUUGUAACCUUGGUCUAGGUAGUUCACUUCAUGGCCUCAUUGUUAGGACUGAUUUUAAGCUUUGUGACACAUUUGUCUGCAAUAUCAUGAUUGACAUGUAUGGCAAAUGUGGGAGUCUUGCAAGUUCGAUCAAGAUUUUCAAUGAAAUGACAGAUAAAAAUGUCAUCACAUGGACAACCAUUGUUUCAGCCCUUGGACUACACGGUUAUGCACACGAGGCAUUAGAGAAAUUCAAGGAGAUGGAUAUGACCGGGAUUAAACCUGAUAAGGUUGCUUUCAUAGCUGUGCUUUCAGCAUGUAGGCACGUUGGAUUAGUGAAAGAGGGGAUGGAAUUGUUUGAACAGAUGAAAGGAAAGUAUGGAGUAGAACCAGUGAUGGAUCACUAUCUUAUUGCAGUAGACUCGUUGGCUAGGUAUGGCUAUCUGACAGAAGCCGAGCAGUUAAUCACUGGGAUGCCUUUCCCUCCAAAUGCGCUAAUAUGGCGUAUCUUUUUGGAAGGCUGCAAGAAAAAGAGAAGCAUAGACAAUACUGUCGCUCUUGCUUCAUAAAAUAUAUGGGUGAUCCAUACUACGACUGAAUUCUAAGUAAUGAUCAUGUUGCUUGAUGGAGGUUAUUUAUUGUUUUCUCCCAACAACAUAUGAACAAACAGGAAACUGGUGUCUCGAUAGCAUGAUGUUGCCUCAACAGGUUACAAGGUUGAAUAGCUUACAGAGAUCGACUUCUCCGAGCAGGAAUGACUAAGAAAUUAUCAAGUACAAAUUGGUCUAAACUAAUCACAAACAAAAACAGAGGAAACAGGUGAGAUCUAAAGAAGUCUACCAUAAGUGAACAAUGGAGUCCUGGGCUUUUGACCAUUAAGGAAUGUGGUGCAAUGGAUGAGUCUGCUCCCCUUAACCAGAGAUCUCGGGUCCGAGCCUUGGAUAUAGAAAAAUCCUUGGUAGGGAGCACUUCCCUAUCAAAUGGGGCCCUACGCAGCGCGAAUCAAAUUAGUCAGGCUCCAAUGCGAGGACAAAGGAGUCAUGGUCUUUUGUAAUCCAUAGGCCAUUACUCCACUUCAAUUGUGAAUCCGUAUCAUCAACAUAACAUGACAUUGUUUGAUUUUUUCUUGUUGAUUCUAUUGAGUUCUGGGGAAAAUAAACUUGUGUAAGUGUUUUAUCCAGAAGGAGAAAUAUGAGUUAGGGUAAAAGCAGUGGUCAAUUUGGUUUAUAUUCUGAUACUUUCUUUAUUUGUCAUCAAUAAGAUUUGUAAUAGAUAGAGAAAGGUUAAAUAGUACUGAGGUUGACCAUACUACUACUAGUAAUAAUAAUAUUCAUAAUCCAUCA